AUGACCAUGGGAGAACAACUGUUAAAGAGCAGCAUCCUCGAUCAAUUUAUUAAUAGCCAUGAGCAGUCAUAUGAAGAGUUUCUAAGUACAUUCACAUAUCUUUUGAAAGAGAAAGAGGAAGAGACAAUUCAGGGAAGUAAAGUAGACUCCUUAAGAAAAAAAUGUUCUACUUCUGAAUUACCAAACAGAAGUAAACAGGAUGGCUUACCUGAAAGAAGCAAAGAAAUGUGGGUGUCAUUUCCACCACGGAUGCCAAAUGAGAAUGAGACAGUGAUGAGUGAGAGCUCAACAGCUGGUGCCUCUGAUGGAAGUAAUCUCAGUCUGUCUGAAAGAGUGAAGGUGGACAAAUCCUUACACUUGGAAGAUGUAGACACUGAUGAAGAGACAUGCAAUGCAGGGUCAUUAGUUCUCCCAGGAGAGGUGGAAGAGACAGUGACUUGCUGUACACCCUUCUUUGAUAAGCCCAUUCAGCCGAAGUUCAGAGCCCUCUCAGUUCCCCAGCCAUCAGACAGCAAAGCCCAAGAGCUCCUGGGUGAUGAUGUUCAACCAUUCUCACUUGAUGAAGAAUUUGAUUAUGACAAUGUGGCACUGACCCCUAAGUUCUCUGAAGCUGAGCUGAAGGCCAUUUUAGAGUUGUCUGAAGAGAAAACAGGCACAGAUGCCAAAUCAGCACGAGCUGAAGACUGA